AUGAAGUUUCUAGGAUGGACGUGGCAUAAGUUACAGCAAAGUAAUAUUGAGCCUUUCAAGGAUUUCAGAAUUGGGAACUACUGCACCUGUCUUUCAGCUUAUUCAUCCUUCAAUGAGCAAGACUCGCAUCCUAAGUCAACUUCCAGCUGUGGAUAUGGAUCAAGAUACACAACCCAGCGCAAACAGGAAAGUGAAAACUCCACAGAUUUCAAAGCUGGUGAAGUAGACAACUUUGGAGAUGAAACAUCCACUGACUUUCUGACCAUUGGAACUCUGGCAUCUGAGUGGGCUAUUGGCGAGCCUGUAACACCAAGAUUCACCAUGUUUUUGGAAAACAUAACCGAGGGAAAAACAGAGGUGACAGAAAAUGAUUUUAAGGUCAUCAAUGAUGAACUGGAGAAGUUCCUUGGGCCUGAAGCUGAAGAACAUGGGUCUCAUGAAUCAUCAGGAAGGAACAGUCUGGUUAGCACAAUUGCACUUAAUGGUGAGCCAACACAAGAAGUGAGUGCUGAAGAAUAUGGGAAGGCAAUUGUUUGUCCACUUCAAGGAUAUCUGUUUGGGUCUUUGAUAGAACUCCCAGAAACAAGAUUUCAGGUAAAGAAAGAAAAGGCAACACUUGCAGAACUGUUCUACGGUACAAAAAUUGCAGAUGAGAGUACUAUGGAAAAAUGUGGGAAAGAAGAAAUGCAGACCAAACAAACAAGUAAACCUCUCAAGCAUUUCAUCAAGAAGAUUCUGAAAAUGCUUCAUGCUUCUUCAAGGAGUUCUAUCUCUUUCACCAAAGAAACUAAUCCUGUUUCAACCAAGAAAAAACUCCAAAAGGUCACUAGACUGUUUCACAGAAAAAUCCAUCCUGAAAGCUCUAUAGCUGAAAGAGAAUCAAAAGUUCAGCAUAAGAAUGAGAUGAAUAAUACUCCUUACAAUGAUGGCGAUAGUACUGAUGGAGAGCAGAUGCACCAAGUUGAAGUCAAGAACUGGUUUUCUCAGGGAUCAACGUCCAGGGCAGGAACACAAAAUUACAAGUCCUCAGUAAUGCCUCAGCCUCAAUAUGGAGUUACUGGUUGUACUGCUGCAAGUUCAAAUGGGGCGCACUGGAUUAAAACAGAAGCAGACUCUAUCUAG